GAUGAGGGCUUUUCCAUAGCCCUCACCAAUUAAGGCAGAGUUGUACUCAACAGGCCGUGACAAAGAGUGCGACACCCAGGUGAGAGUCUCAUGCCCCCUCCACCCCUCCAUUUGGGGGGUGUAAACUAUCAACAAUCUCAACUGGAUGAUUUUUUGCAUGGGUGUGGCUGAAUGCCCCAAGAUGGCAGUUGCUUGUGUUGGAGAACAGGCACUCACAAGUGUGGUUUUCAGGAUUUCGGUUCACGUUCCCUCCCCUGUGUUUUCUUUCGCCUUCCAGUGUAGCUCUUUCAUUACUCCUGCCUCCCUCCAGGAUGGAACUAGGACCUCCUGAGAUACCGUCAUUCUGUCUCUAGUCUGAGAGAUCAAGGCUUAGAGACAUUAGGAAGUGGCCCAGGUCACAUCUGAGUCACAACCAGAACUGGGAUUGGAGCAUACUCAAAGACAACUUUUUCUCCACCCCUACUUUCUACGUCUUAAGAAUCCUCUGUCUAGUACACAGUGUUUCAAUUUAGAAGAAAUUUCUACACAGAGUUAUAGGCAAGGUCACUGGCAUUGGGGAAGUGACCUGUUCCAACCUUUCUCCUUUUUUACUGGCCUAAUUCACACUCUGUAGCAUCUUAGGGUACACUGCCUAUCUUGGCUCUGUUGGCAGCUCCUGCAUCCAGGGACUUUGAGCUUUCUCAGAUGGCUGACCUUUGAGGUCCCUCACCAAAUUCUCCUUUGGCUCUUUUAACUGGUAUCUCCUGCCAUCUUCCUUCAAUGACUUACUUUCCCAGGUGGUGAACUAUCUGAUCCGUGUGCGUUGUUGGAUUCUGUCUUUGUUAGGGCUUCUGUUGCUAUGAUAAAAGAUUAUGACCAAAUACAACUUUUGGAGGACAGGGUUUAUUUCAACUUACAGUGUGCAGUCCACCAUUCAGAGGAGUCAAGGCAGUGACUCAAGGCAAGAACUAAAGCAGAGGACAGGGCUGCUUACUGCCUUCCUCUUCACGGCUUGCUCAGCCUGCUUUCUUUUAGUACCUAGGAACCUGCCCAGUGGUGACACCAUCCAUUCUACAUCAAUCAUCAAUCAGGAAAAUGCAGCAUAGGCUUGUCUACUGGCCAGCCUGGUGGGGCCAUUUUCUCAGCGGAGGGUCCCCAUUUCCAAAUGACUCUUGCUUGUGUCAAGUUGACAAGAAGCUAGUGAGCACAAUAGACACUGUGUCAACUUGACAUGACAAUACCCCACUAUCAAACCAUAACUUUUUCCUUUUUUGUUGUCUCUAAGAUUUCAUUUAAUAUCAAUAACACAAUAUAAAAUAUUCCAACUUUCAAGGGUCCCAUAGUCUUUAAAAAUUUCAAUAUUUUAAAAAUUCAGAUUCUUUAAAAUAUCCAAAGUCUCCCUGAAAUUCCAAAUAUCUGUAAAAUUCCAAAGCUUCUUAACUGUGGGCUCCUGUAAAAUAAAAAUGUAAGUUAAAUACUUUCUUACUCUAAGAGGGAAAAACCAGGUACCAUCACAAUCAUUUCAAAGCAAAACCAAAGUCAAACAUCGUGAAGAUCAAUGGCAGGCUUUUGGGACCUUAAAUCUCAAAGGGUAUUUUGGCCUGCUCAGGUAGCCCGUAUCAGAGGCUCAGACCAGCUUCUGCCCACAGAUGCUGCUGUUCUUGCUGAUUAGUUUAAUGUAUUGGUGUCUCUAAAAUGCUGCAGUCUCCUGCUGAGACUGGGCUGCACUUUGACCAGCAGUCUCUCCUGGGCCAUCCUCAGGGACUCUGAUCUGCUACAUGAUGCCAAGUGUAAACUUCUCUCCAGCACCCCUCAGUUUUGAUGGUUCUACGUUAGGCUAAACUUUUACCAAGGGUUAUCCACACUUCUCCCAGUGCCAAGACUCAGCAGUUCUCCACGACUCCUUCAUGCCUCAAUGACCAGUAAGUACUACCUGGAAAACACAUUACCAGGUUUGCCUGCUAGCACAAGAUACAAUCUUGGCCCUGUCUAGAUCACAGCUUCUGUGUGCUCACCCUGAAGAAACACUUCCCAGAAGAUUCUGCCUCAUUUAUGUUGGUCUCUUCUUUUUUUGCUUUUAUUUAUUCUUCUCUCAUAAAAUACAUCCGAUUGCAGCUUCCCUUUUGUCCAUUCCUCUUAGUCCCCUCCCCAACACCCGCCGCCUUCAUUUCCCUUCAGAAAGAAGGUCUCCCAGGGGUAUGAACCAAAUACGGCAUUACAAGAUACAAUAAAACCCUUGUAUCAACUGGACAAGGCAACCCAUUAGGAGGAGCAGUGUCCUAAGAAUGAUGUGUCAGAGACACACUGACUCCCACUGUUAGGAGUCCCACAAGAAAUCCAAGCCAAACAAUCACAACAUAUAUGUAGAGGACAUAGUACAGACCCAAGCAGGCUCUGCGAUUGCUACUUUAGUCUCUGUGAGCGCCUAUAAGCCCUGUUUAGUUGAUUCUGUGGGCUGUGUUGUUCUGGUGUCUUUGACCCCUCUGGCUCCUACAAUCCUUCCUCACUUUUCACAGGGUUCCCAGAGCUCUGCCUUAUGUUUGGCUGUGGGUCUUUGAAUCUGCUCCCAUCAGCUUCCAGAAGAAUCCUUUCUGAUGGCAACUGGGCUAGGCAUGGAUGUAUAAGUAUAGCAGAAUAUCACAAGAAAUCAUUUCAUUGCCUUUUUUUGGGUUCUGUCCUAGGUCUCUGAACCAUCCAGCUUCUGAUUCCUGGCCACUCAGGCAGUGUUGGACAUAGGCUCCCUCUCAUAGCAUGCAUGGGUCUCAAGUUGGACCAGUCAUUGGUUUGUACUCCCACAAGCUCUGGGUCACCACUGCCCAGCACAUCUUGCAGGCUAGACAGAUUGUAGGUUGAGGAUUUUGUGGCUAGGUUGGUGUCUCAGUCUCACCACUGGAAGUUGCCUGGUUACAGAAGAUGGGCAGUUCAGACUCCAUAUCCUCCUACAGGGCCAGUUUGAGACAUUGUGUGAGACACUACUGUAUAUGACUUAUAAAUCAUUACAUUUAUACAUAUAUAAAAUUUUCAAAGAAUAAAUUUUUAAUAAGUAAGAAGAAGAAACUGGGUUUCUUUAAGCUUAAGAUAUAUUUUCCCCACCAUGAACCGUUGGACAUUAAUUAUGUUAUUUGCUCUUCUGUUUUCCCCAAUGAAUUUCUCUGACGGACUGCUUACUUGCUAUCUGAAGUGUAAUUAAGUAUUUGGUUGUUGUGAGCCUUCAGAGAUCCGGAAAUAAAAACUUUCAUGUGUACCAAGGAUACACUAAAAAGAAAACACUGAGUUAAGGAUGCUUUGACAAUAUGGGAUCGAUCAUAUUAUACAUGAUUUACGUGUUUGGUUAUUCUUGACAGUCCAGUUACAGUUUUCUCCAGACACCCCAGCGCUCACACCUAUAGGUGCGACACCAGCUACUCUGGGUCAGUGUGUAAAAGGACCGUGUUCUCCUGACAGUCGCCAGCCUGGAAAAAACCCACGCCCGUAGACUGGUGCUAAGCAGUACUCAAAAGUGUCAGCCUCCGACACCCUGGCCGUGACGUCACGACCUCGACUGGCGGUUGCAUCCGGUUUGGCUCGGUUGCCCUGGAGACGGAUACACAGAGGAACGGAUCCUGGAGCAGUCCGGGAGGUGGCGGAGGUCCUGUUACCUGCGGACCUGCUGCGCCUGAAGGACCAGCUUCACCAUGAGCCAGCGGCAGGUGCUGCAAGUGUUCGAGCAGUACCAGAAAGCCCGGACGCAAUUCGUGCAGAUGGUGGCGGAGCUGGCGACCAGACCCCAAAACAUCGAGACGCUGCAGAACGCAGGUGUAAUGUCUUUGCUGAGGCCUCUUCUUCUGGAUGUGGUCCCAACAAUUCAGCAGACUGCUGCUUUGGCUCUGGGGAGAUUGGCCAAUUACAAUGAUGACUUAGCAGAAGCAGUUGUGAAGGGCGACAUUCUUCCACAGCUUGUUUAUUCAUUGGCAGAACAAAAUCGUUUCUACAAGAAAGCAGCUGCCUUUGUGCUGAGAGCAGUUGGUAAACAUUCCCCGCAGCUGGCCCAGGCCAUAGUCGACUGUGGAGCUCUGGACACACUGGUGAUAUGCUUGGAGGACUUUGACCCUGGAGUCAAGGAGGCUGCAGCCUGGGCACUUGGAUAUAUUGCAAGACACAAUACAGAAUUAUCUCAAGCUGUGGUGGAUGCAGGAGCAAUUCCUCUUUUAGUUCUCUGUAUCCAGGAGCCAGAAAUUGCUUUGAAAAGGAUUGCUGCCUCUGCUCUCAGUGAUAUUUCAAAGCAUUCUCCAGAGUUAGCACAGACGGUGGUGGAUGCAGGAGCGAUUGCUCACUUAGCCCAGAUGAUCCUCAACCCUGAUGCAAAAUUGAAGCGCCAGGUCCUUUCUGCUCUCAGUCAGAUUGCAAAACAUUCGGUGGAUCUGGCAGAGAUGGUUGUUGAAGCGGAGAUUUUCCCGGUUGUACUCACCUGUCUGAAGGACAAAGAUGAAUACGUGAAGAAAAACGCUUGCACUUUAAUAAGAGAGAUUGCAAAACAUACACCUGAGCUGUCACAGCUGAUUGUUAAUGCAGGAGGCGUGGCUGCUGUGAUUGACUGCAUCGGAUUGUGCAAAGGGAACAUACGGCUGCCAGGCAUCAUGUUGCUGGGUUAUGUGGCUGCUCAUUCUGAGAACCUGGCCAUGGCAGUGAUCAUUUCCAAGGGUGUACCCCAGUUAUCAAUCUGCCUCUCAGAAGAACCAGAAGAUCACAUUAAGGCUGCUGCUGCCUGGGCCUUAGGACAGUUGGGAAGACACACGCCAGAGCAUGCCAGGGCUGUUGCAGUCACAAACACUCUGCCAGUUCUGCUUUCUUUGUACAUGUCCCCAGAGAGCUCCGAGGACUUGCAGGUGAAAAGUAAAAAAGCCAUAAAGAAUAUUCUUCAAAAAUGCACCUACCUCCCAGCCCUCGAGCCAUUUUUGUAUGAUGCACCUCCCAAUAUCCUGAAACACGUUGUUGGUCAGUUCAGUAAGGUGCUGCCUCAUGACAGCAAAGCUCGGCGGCUUUUUGUAACUAGCGGAGGACUUAAAAAGGUGCAAGAGAUAAAAGCAGAGCCCGGCUCUCUCCUGCAGGAAUACAUCAACAGCAUUAACAACUGCUACCCAGAGGAAAUAGUACGGUACUAUUCACCUGGAUACUCGGAUACGCUUCUACAGAGGGUGGACAGCUACCAGCCACUUACCAACUGAACAAACCAUAUUUUUAUACUCCUCAGUUUCCCAGGGGAGUAUGAAUAGUGAUUGUUAAAGUGCUUUGAAAGUACAUUCUAGCUUUGUUUUGUUCAAUGUGAGAUACCUUUAGAUAAUGUUUUCUAAAUGUAUGUAGUAGUUUAAGAAUUAGUAGCUGGAAUAUAUAUAUAUAUAUAUAUAUAUAUAUAUAUAUAUAUAUAUGACCAGUCAUAGUCAUUGCAUGCAUAGGAAUUUCUCUAAAGAUAGUCUUGAAGACAUUAAAAGGUUUAACACAUUUGUUAUCAUUCUGCUGAAAACCACAUAUAAACAGCACAAACAUUCAUUCCCUCCAACUAGCUGAGAAAUGCCACUCAGCAAUGCUUAGGCUAUUUUGCCAUUUUUCUCAUACAUAGGCAAGGGAAACUUGCCUUUCAAGUUACAUCUAGAAGGAAAAGAGCUGAAAGGUGACCCUGAUGACAAAUAGCCCUGAAAGAGGCUCUGAUGCUGGGCAUACAAACACACUGGACUAACGUAGACGCUCAAGAGCCUGCUAGGUUUCCUAAGAACCUAGGCACAUUCUCCUCAUUCCCACUCACUGGUCGUGAAGCUCUUUCCCUCUGGUUCUCAGCAUUACUCUCUGGUAUCUGUGCUCUCCGUUCCUCGUGAGAAGUCUCUUAUUCCUGAUCCAUAUGCAAGGACAAAACAUGGAAUAUAUGUCUCCAUUGUCCUUGUUCUAGAUUCACUUCACCAAAUUUCAGAAGUCAUGUUUUCAGGGAUUUAAGUAAUUUGAACAGAAUACAUGAGGCUCAGACUUUAUAUACAUUUUUUAUUAGAUUCAGUAAUGGGGCCAAAGAAGAUUUCAAUAAAGUGUUAAAAACAGCAUUAGAACUGUCCUUUUUGUUUUUUAUAUCUAGUGAUUUUCUGCCUUUGGGAAUCUGUCUUUGGAGUUAGGAGUCUUUGAUUGUCAGUACAUUUGUAUCUUUGGACUUACAGAGGUCUCAUCAGGAGGCCUGAAGAGGAGGUGCAGGCCAGCCUAGACAACCUUUAGGACAGUGGGGAUUGUCCUAAAAAAAAAGCCUAGCUUCAGGUUUCCUUCUUGGACUCCCCCAACCUUCGAUUUUUUCAUCAAAAGGAAACUGUUCGUUACGUCUGGACAUUUUUCUGAACCCAUCUCUGCCUUCAUUUUUUUUCAGUAAUGUACAUCUUUGUGGAUGUACAUUUAAAACUUUAAAACUUCUUUAUGACCAGCAUUUUCCAACCUAUUUUUUAUUUAUGUCAAACUAGAAUUGCUAGUCAUUGCACAGGUAAAUGUAACAUCCCUUGAUUUCUCCAACAAUGCAUGACUACUGCCCUUUUAGGAAUCCAAACAGCAUCUAAGGUUUCAAGGAUUUCUUUUCCCUAUUUUAAGACUUUUCCUUCUGAGUCAGUUAGACCCUUUUCUUUAUAUAAAGCUUCAUGUAUGUGGAUAGUGGUGAAGGCUAUUUAGAGAUCAUGCAUAUAUUGACCUCAGUCCCUGUUGCUCG